AUGGAUAACGAAAAGGCAGUAGUCCGUCUACCAUCCUUGACUGAUCGACCCAAGGAAACCCAUUUGCCAAAUGCAGACACCAAUGAAAUUAAAUCAUUGGUUCAUUAUAAGAUGGACAAUGUUAUACACAAGCUUCCCCGUCCACACAUAUUAAAGCCAUAUAUCGACAUGAAAACAGCUGAUAUUGAACUGUGGCCAAGUCAUGCAAGCACUCAAAAUUGUGGCCAUAAAUUGACCAAACUAACCAGGAGUAAAAGCCUGCAGCUGAUUACUGCAGAGAGUUUGGGUAAAUCAAACUUCAUUCCUCAACCUAAACUUCUAGAAAACCUUGAAGCAUACCUGAAGGAGGAGUUGGCAUUCAUUGAUGACCCAGAUGAAGAAGAUAGUAAUAUAAGUCUGGAGGUUUACCGAAAAACCUUUAAUUACUUGAUUAACAAACUGAAAACAUACAAACAUUUGUUAUCACGCAUUAAGAUGCAAUAUGAAAUGGCACUGGAUGAUCUGGAAAGUCAAAUUAUCAGUUUAAAACCCCUCAAGGAAACAGUUGUUUCAACUGCUAAAAUUUAUGAAAAGAAGAUAAUUGAAUUUAAUGAACAAGUCAAGCCAGAUAUAAAAGCUGUGAAAAAUCAAAACUCUGAAUUGGAAGAAGAAAUAGAACUAAUGAAAGAAAAACUGGUCCAGAUUGAAGAGGAAAGGAAAGAAGCUGAAGAAAAGCUGAAGGAUGCUUAUCAAUUAUUUCGAGAUGAAUAUGAUGCUCAACAGUUGCUGAGUAUUGAGUAUAAAGAGUUGAGUAUUCUACAGUCAGGCACUCAGUCUCCAAGUGAUUUCAACAAACCAGAAGAACCUACUGAGGAUUUGACUACUUUAAAAAUUGCUCUCAGUCAGUCAGUAGAGGAUGCAGAUGCUACACAAGCAAAACUUGAUCAAAUGAUUGCUAACUAUGCAGAUGUUGUCCCUAGACGGCAAUAUGAAACACUGGAAAAGAAAUAUGCAGAAAUGAAAGAGAACAAUGAAACUUUAUCAAAAGACUUUAGCAUAUUGAAAGCUGAACACAAAGCACUGCAAGAUGUCAAUCAAGAACUUACUGUGGAAAUGACGAAUUACAUGAAUGAAUACACAAGCAAGAAAAAAAAAUUAGCAAGGCCUCCUUGGGUGAAGCCCUGCCAAUUCAUAAACCCUGAAAACAACUACUUUGAAGGUAUCUCUUCCCAAAAUAUUUGUGAAAAUCUUUUGGAUAUUUUGCGUAACAUGGACAAAAAUGGAGCAAGGAUUUUAAAAAAGGAAUCCGUCUAUUUUGAUGGCAAGGGAUUAAGUGAAGAUGUACCCAAGUAUUUGAGAUAUGAGGGACAAGUAUAUAACCGCCAAUUCAACAAAUGUGACUGUGCCCUAUUAAUCAAAGACAUCUGGAGAAGGAGAAUAAAAAAUUUCAGAAAGGGUAGCAGUUUUGCUGAUUUUGUUGAUAACUGUCUGAAUGAGAUCUUCCCUAUCCCAAUUAUGAAAACUGAGUGGACUUACAAUUUGGUGGAGGCUUGCAAAAUAUUUGCAGGGACCAACAAAAACAUUGAACUUUUCUGGCUCAUUUUGAAUGGAGAAAUGGAUGAAAAUAUCUACCAUUAUCAGCUUAGUGUCAUCAAAGACUUGAUGAAUUUUCUUCAUAGAUCUCUGCCUUCACAUAAUGUCAUGACAAGAACAGAAUUUCAUCAGCAUUUACAAAACUUCCUCAAUUCUAAUGAUCCCAAUAUAAUCUCUUCUCUUGUCAACAAAGCUUUAGAAGAACAGGAAGCAGAAGAAGAUAUCAAUUUUGAUCAGCUUUUUCUAGAGGAUGAUGAAGGAGAAGUGGGUCCAUUUCUAACAGAAUUUAAAAACUGGCUCCAUUCUCUCAGAAUGGAAUUCUUUGAGCUUGUUAGCAAGGAAAUUGAUGAAGAAAGUCAAGUAUCAAUUCAGAACUUGGAUUUGGCUAUUCGGCAAACAGAUCCAACCCUGAAGACAUAUGCUGUCAAAGAAUUGCUUUGCUGGUGUUUCAGAACCACCCCAGAAAUGCUCCUAAGAACAAAACCUCUUCUUGGGAAAGAUAUCCUUUUAAGACUCAGAAAUGCUAACAUCAGAUUUUCACAGAUUAAAACAUCUUCCUAA